AUGCUUUUCAAACUCCCACUUCUCUCAUCAAACGAGUCAUCAAUGCCAUUUGUCAUUCCGAUUGACGCUUGGAACCGCUUCUUUGGCUCUAGAAAUAUGAAUGAGGUGAACAGCAGCUGGUUUGCCAAGUACUAUCAGAUCAAAAUUGACAUCGGAAAGCGCUCGUCUCCCAAUAUGGUCAACUUUAUCAAUGUCACGUUGCGCGGUAAAUUCAAUGACAUUCGCAGAGCAGCCGCCAAAAUUGUCAAUGUCAUUUUGUAUGACUUGCCUCCGCAAUUUGUUACGAGAUACAGCGUUUAUUACCCGGUAACUGAUAUUCAGGUAGCGUAUUUGUAUAACGACCAGCUAAUGGAAAAAAUGGACAUAAUGUUCAAAUGCGUCUGCAACGUUUUGGUUAUUGAGAAGAGUAAGGAGACGGUCUACUACGUGAGUAUCUACGGCAAAAUCGACAGAUUGCUUCAGGCGACUCUCCACCUACGUGAUGCGCUUGCGUACUAUGAUCGCUACGAAGAGCGCGUCAAGGAAGAAGAGCGCAUCGAACGCAAUUGCCUGAAGGUCAUCGAAAAGCAGAGAAAACGUGCUGAGAAGGAUGCUCGUCGUUGCAACUCCAAAGUUUACAAAAUCUGCAAGAAGGCUGCUCAUUUUUUUCUUAAUAGCUUCAAUUAA